AUGUGUGGGUCACUUCUUUCCAAGUUUAGAAAGAAAAAAAACAUUGUUUACCCAGGAAUAACUAUCUUUCCCGAGCCAGGAAAAAACAAAAGUACAAGGAGGCCCCCUAAUGAUGACUCAGCAUGUCAUGAAAACAGGGGAUUUUGGGACAAUGGAGAUCAGACAAAAGUAUCGUUUAUUGGUAUCACUCAUCAGCGCAAGAACUUGUUAAAAGAAGCGAUAUCAAGUCAGUGCGAGGCUGGUGCUGUGCGCGCAUUAGAUCGUGCAAGGCGAGUUCUGCCUGCUGUCAACUCAACAAAUGCGGCGUCUUCUCUUGCGACGAGGAAUUCCGAUCAUCUUUUGGAGAGUGCGCGAGAGAUCCUAGCAAUCCAUGGCUACAGGACGUCUUCAACUUGCAGCUCUACGCAGCCUCUGAGUUCGAUUAAUCCGACUUUUCCGGAACAAAAAACAGUAGUGGCUUUGAACAAAGAUGUAACUGAUGAAAAGACGAUCUGUCCAUCCUCAAGAGUUUCGCUGCGUUUAAGGAGACGUGUGAAAGUGGCGUCAGAAAUCACUUUGGCGGACGUGCACGAAAAAAGGCAAGCAGCAGAAGAAAGGAAGCUGAAGGAGCUAGAACACGUACGCGACCAGCUUGAGUCUAGAAUUGAACGG